UGUCUGUGUGAGGGCUGCGUACACCAUGGCAUGUGGCUGGGAUUAGAACAUUGCAUUGUGGAUUAAAACCUUUGCAACGCCUUCAUGGCCACUUGCUUGGAGAACGAGUGUGGGUUCCCAAAUUGAUCCUGUCUCUGCAGUUUAGCCCAUGGUUUCACUUAGCAGCCCCAGGAUGUUCCAGUUCGUCCGAAGGCACAUCCAUGACCAUCUGACAGAGCGUAGAAUCCACCGGACCCGGCUGGUGACCAAAGAUGGCCGCUGCAACAUUGAGUUUGGUAAUAUCGAGUACCACAACCACGUUUCCUUCCUGGUGGACUUCUGGACAACGGUUGUGGAGAUCCGCUGGCGUUUUGUCCUUCUCCUUUUUGUUGCCUCCUAUAUUGGCAGCUGGUUCUUCUUCAGUCUUUUCUGGUACUGGAUUGCGAAGAGCAAUGGGGAUUUGAUUGAACAGAACCGCACAGAUGGCCACGUCUGGUGUAUAGACAAUGUCAAUGGGCUCACCACAGCUUUCCUUUAUUCCUUAGAAACUCAGACUACCAUUGGCUAUGGUGGACGGGCACUCACUGGGCACUGCCGUGGAACUGUGGCCCUCAUCAUCGUCCAAUCUCUUAUAGGGAUCUUUAUCAACUGCUUCAUGUGUGGGCUCAUCCUGGCCAAGAUCUCCCUUCCUAAGAAGAGGGCAAAGACAGUCACCUUCAGUGAAACAGCUGUCAUCUGUCUGAAGAAGGGCACUCUGUGCCUGCUUAUCAGAGUGGCUAACCUCCGUAAGACCUUGCUCAUUAGGAGCCAAAUAUAUGGCAAGCUGCUUAGGACAACCGUGACGCCGGAUGGCGAAACUAUAAUUCUGGACCAGGUAGGCAUUGAUUUUGCUGUGGACGUUGGUAAGGACAACUUGUUUUUUGUCUGCCCGUUGACCUUGUACCAUGUCAUUGACACGGCAAGUCCAUUCUAUGACAUGUCAGAGGACAACCUCCAACUGCAGGACUUUGAGCUGGUAGUCUUCUUGGAUGGGACGGCUGAGUCCACCAGCUCCACCUGCCAAGUGCGAACAUCCUUCAUCCCCCAGGAGGUCCAGUGGGGAUACAGCUUCCUACCUAUCAUCUCACGCACCCAGAAGGGCAAGUACCAAGUGGACUUCUCCAACUUCUCCAGAACUGUGCGUGUGACAACCCCACACUGUGUCCAUUGUUUUCAUAGUGAGCCAGGCCAGCACAACCAAAACAAUAACCAAAACAAACAUCACAAGCAGGGUAUUGAUAACCCCGGAUUUGAGGUGAUUGACAUUCAAGACACAGUGGAUGUCACAAAAAUGUGAGCUGGAAGAAAAAGGGCAAAACCUAAGGUUUCUGCUAUAAACCACAGAUAGACAGCAGCCCCCAUUUGGUGGAACAAGGCUAGCAAAGAGAAAUUUGGAUUUAGCACUUCUUCCUGAGAGUUGUUAGAUCUUCUCUGUCAAUGGUCAGUGCAAUAAAGAUGGUAGAAGGCUUACUUAAUGAUCAGGGGCUCAUAAAGAGACAUAGACGAUGAACUGGUAGCCCAACCCAGUGAGCCUACACGUAUAGUGCACCUCGAAAAUGGUACAAAUCCUUAUUUAGAUUAAUUUGACUUUGCUGCAUUUGGCUUCAGUAGACUUUGGACAGACUUCGCAUCAGCCUUUUUGUUGUUUUGAGAUGGUAAACACAAAAACUGAAUAACUUAUGAAAAAGACAAUAAAUCAAUAAUCAUUGGAAAUUAUAAUCAUUACAAAAUAAACAGUGGAGCUGAAAAAAGUGUUCAGGGGUUUGCUUGUCAGACUUAAACUAUGAGUUAAGCUGUUGGUUAAGAACAGCUAAUUACAAUCAAAGCACCUUUGUGACAUACAAACAGUAACUUGUGUACUAGCUACAAUAGCUAUUAAUGCAGGAUUUGGUGCCAUUAAGAGGAGACUGAGAGAGUAUAGCACAGGGGGUAUUCAUGAGAAGCUUAUGACCUGAGCCUGUUUUAAUCAAAUAUGUCAGGGAUUGAGGAAUAACAAUAGAGUAGAACUUUCUUCUAGAAGAGUCUUACAUAGUAUUUUUUGAAUCUGAAAAGACAAAGUACAUCUUAUGUACCACACCAGAUACUGUACAUCAUGCCUUCAUUUACAAUACUGUGAAUAGCUGCCAAUUGCACUGUUACUAAUUUACUUGUUUAUAUGUAUUAUUUUGUAUCAUUUUAUUACUUACUCUCAGGGAAAGCAGCAUCCUUGGUUAGAAUAAAGAAGGAAAAAAUACAAUGCCUUGACUAUUUUACAUACUGACUCCUGU